AACUUUUAAUUACUAUAGCCUUUGCUUGAGGGAUGUAAAAUGGCACCAAAGUUAAGGGCACCAUGGGGAGAGCACGAUUCAUGGACAAGUAGUUGACAGAGGGUUGGAAUUUUGAACUGUGUAAUCCACCGCUAAUGCGCCUUUUUCCUUUUACUUUUUCCAUGUCUAUUUUCCUUCCUUCCUUCAUCAUGAAGGCUUCCAUCCCUUGAAGAGCUUCUAUAUCAUUCUCUCACUUCAACUCCUUUCUCUUCCUCUCUGCAACUCCUUUUCCUCCUCCUGUUUCAUGGCCUCUUACUUCAAGAGCAACCAACGGCUAGAUUUACCUCCCCACAAGCCACACUCAUCUGCUCAACGGUCACCCAGCGACGCCCAACAGAGGCAGAGUAAGUUCUAUAGCUUCUUUCUAAAGGGUGCAUUCAUAGCCAUAGCCAUUGUUCUGCUGCCGUUAUACCCCUCACAGGCACCGGAAUUCACCAACCACACCAUCUUCAACAGAGGCUGGGAAUUCCUGCGCCUUGGCAUCAUAGGAGUCGCCCUCUCGUACGGCCUCCUCAGCCGCCGGCGGGCAGAAACAGAGAAGGAAAUCCAAGCGCAGAUUGAUUCAACGCAGAGUUACGUAUCGAAGAUCCUUCAGGUCUCGCCGGUGUUUGAUAACGAGAACGAUGCUGCUACUUAUAAUGAUUCUGGUAAGGGCCAAACGUGGAGUUCUUUGUAUUCUCCUUCCGAGCCAAUGGUCAUGGUGGCUGCCGAAGAAGAUGAUUACUACCAUCGUAGACUUUCCCUCCCUGUUAGGAGCUUGAGGUCUGGUCGGCCGGACGCGGAAGCCAGUGCCUCCGUUCAUAAGGUUCCAGAUGUUAAGGGGGGACGUCCUGCUACUGUGUCUGCGAAUGCAAGAAGCGCUUACAGUAUCAGAAACGGAAAAAGAGAAAUUGGAGUCUCUAAUCUGUCUAAUUUGCACGGCAAUGCUGAGGGAAACGUGGUUUUACCUUCACCAAUUCCAUGGGGAUCGAGGUCAGGGAGGUUAGAGGCGAAGGAAGGUAUAGGCCUUCGGCCACCCGGUGUUGUGCCACCCUCCGUUUCUGAAUCUGAGUUGCCGGCUUCCCCGUCGCCAGUUCCAUGGGGGUCGCGGCCGAGUUCUGCAUCGACUCCCUCGCCGAGGAGUUCGCCUUCUCAUUCCGUUUCCCCUACACGUAGGCCUGCUUCUGUUCAGAAGGCUGCAAUCAACCCUACGCCCACGUUUGUUUCUGCUAAUAUUGAUAGUGUUUCUAAUGCGGCCAAUGAACUCGUUACUCAGGACAAGAAUUUGCGUAGAAACGUGAAGCAUUCAGAAUCAUUUGACGAGUCUCUGGUUGGAAAGUCUGUAAGAAGAGUUAGAAAAAGCGAGAGCAUGAAUUCGAGAAGCGGAGUGGGCAAUGGUCUUGCUGACGAGAGCCGAGAGAGAAGAAGCAGGAGAAGUUCUGAGCCAUGUGCGGAUGAGAACUCGGCAAGAAAGAACAGGGAUGGCAACUAUGUAAUGGCAGACAAACCAGAAAGGCAGAACAGGGGAACUAAGAAUGAACCAGAGGAAACUCUGUCAAGGAAAAGCAGGGAAACUGAAUCUUCAGUGGCAGGGAAGACAGAGAAGAAAAACAGAGAGGCAGAGGUCAUGAUGGUAGAGAAAACCCAGAGGAAGUCCAUUUACGAACCUCCACCACCACCACCACCCCUCCAAGAGUUUGUGAAGUAUCAGCGAAUCUGGAAGAAAGAAAAGAUUGACGAAUUGAAGGCGCAAACCGAAGAAUCAACUGAAAUUGACGAAGACGACGAUGAAGAAGAGGAGGAGCAUGAGCAGGAGCAGGAGCGGAAGAAUGACGUCCACACACAUACUGAGACUGAGGCUGCUGAACGGAAGCCUGUAGGAGAAAUAGGAGAAACUGUGAUUGAUGCUAAUGAAGUUGACAAGAAGGCUGAUGAGUUCAUAGCCAAGUUCAGAGAACAAAUCAGACUUCAGAGGAUAGAGUCCAUCAAGAGAGCUAGUGCUCAGAAGAAAAAGGCCAAACCAGCUUCUGCUACAUGACAGAGACUGAUGAACUAAAAUUUCAUGCAUUCUAUAGUUACAGUCUUGAAUUAUUCAAGAUUCGUUUAUGUAGUAAAAAAACAUAUACAGUUUAUAUGAUACUGUGAUGAUGUCUUGUACUGCUUCACUUUUUAGUUUUUCCCUCUCUUGUUUUGGUUUUUAGGUGCUCUUUUGAACUUUGAUUGUGUGGCUUACCUUACCAUCCUCCUAUUUGAAAAACCAAUUUUUGAUGGGCUUUUUCUGUAUGGUAGGUAAGUUCUCAACUUCCUCCUGUCAUUAGGGUGGCAUUGUUGUAGUGAAUUCCUAUUCACAACCAAGCAUAUCCACAUGAAAUGGAAUGAUGUUAUGCGGCUA